AUGAAGGUCUCCCUCCUCAGUGCCAUUGCCCUCUUCGCGGCGGCGGCUACCGCCCAAACCAACAACACCAUUGCGGGCAUCAACGGUCGCGCUCGAACGUUGGAGGAGGUUUACGAAGUAGACGAUGGCGAGCCGGACAGUACUCGACCAGUGCGUUCCACAACUGCUUCCGCCAUCGACCAAAUCUACGAGUUCACCGAUGCGUUGGUCGCCCAAAACCCGACGUUGCUGAGCAAGAUUGCCAUCUCCAAGACGUACAAUGGGGUCACGAUUUACGGGUACAAGUUGACCAAAGGCCACUCACAGUCUUUGUACUUUCAAGCCCAGCCGCACGCCCGCGAAUGGAUCGCAGGGGCGUGGAUUCUGAUCUCGUUGGCGUCGAUUCUGGAUGACAUUACCAACAAGAAACCCACGGCCGCCGACUACUACGACUUGUACUUUGUGUCCAUCGUCAACUUUGACGGCUUCGAAAACACGUGGAACGGCUUCUUGAGCCGGGACCAGCGCAAGAAUGCCAAUGGUGUCGACUUGAACCGCAACUGGCUGACCAAGUUUCCCAACCCCGAAAUCAUUCACCCAGACGACGACACGUACCCCGGACUUAAGCCGUUCAGUGAGCCUGAAACCGCGGGCAUCAAUGAUUGGUUCAAAACCAAGCGCAAUGAAAUCCAAGGGUUUAUUGACGUUCACUCGUACAUGUACCCGGGGCUCAUCUUGUACCCGUACGCAGACAAUGACCAGCCCAUCGGCGGGGGGUUUGACGAGAAGUUCGACGUCCUCGGCCGUGGAUUGGAAAGCGUCCUGGGAGAGUACACCGUUAUACCGUUGGCCAAAAACUUAUCCCCGUCGUAUGGAUUGUUUCAAGAUUACGCGUUCCGUGAGUUCAAAAAGCCUGCACUGACGUUUGAAAUUGUUGGCGAUGAUUUUGUCGUGGACGUGACGACCAUCAAGACACACGGCCUCGAAGUGUACAAAGGCAUCAACCAAUUCGCCAAGGAAGUCACCGUGUUCAACGGCUGA